AUGGCAAGAAAUCUAAAUAGCAUUAUUAUGUUAGGUUUAGUUAUGUUUCUUCUUGUACAAAGCAAGGCUGACAUUGCUAUAACUACUAUUAAUGCUUCAACUCCAGCUCCGGCUCCGACUCCAGUUUCAGAUUCAGAUUUAACUCCGACAACACCAAUAACUCCAGCAUCUCCGACAACUCCGGAAACGCCAGCAGCUCCAACAACUCCGGAAGCGCCAGCAACUCCGGCAACUCCCGCUACUCCUAAUCCAUCGGAUGGCACAACAGAAGGAAGCCUUAAACCCGAAGAAUGUGCUCCUCCAUGUGAAGUUAGAUGCUCAAAAACACAUCACAAAAAACCGUGCUUGUUCUAUUGUGAGUAUUGUUGUGCCAAAUGUUUGUGUGUGCCUCCGGGAACUUAUGGAAACAAGGAAGUAUGUCCAUGCUAUAACGACUGGAAGACUAAAGAAGGAGGACCUAAAUGUCCUUGA